GUUGGUCCUUCUUCGGACUCUCCAGGACACGACCACAUCACCAUCGACCUUUUAGAUCUCUUUCACCUCGGCUUGCCGCAUCUCUUCUUUCUCUGCGUCUUUCAUCGAUACACUCACCGUCCCGCUAGGCCACAGCGCCUCUCGAUAGACCUUACGCGUGACGAUGGCUUCCAACAUCAAGGUCAUCUGUCGAUUUCGACCUCCUAAUUCCAUCGAACAAAGAGAAGGCUCUGAGAUCGUAGUGGCCUUCGAUGAGAACCUGCAGACCGUCCAACUGCGCUCGGCGCAAUUAGGCUCAGGACCAGAGAGGGAUGGUUUCACAUUCGACAGGGUGUUCCCUAUGGGGACGAAGCAGGAGGAAGUCUUCAACUACGGUGUCAAAGAUAUUGUGGCAGAUGUAUUGGAUGGUUACAAUGGAACGGUGUUCGCGUACGGUCAGACUGGUAGUGGAAAGACAUUCACGAUGAUGGGUGCCGACAUCGACUCGCCCGAGCUGGCAGGUAUUAUACCACGUAUAACGGAACAGAUUUUCCAGUCUAUCGUCGAAUCGGACGCGCAUCUAGAAUAUUUCGUGAAGGUUUCGUACAUGGAGAUCUAUCUAGAACGCAUCAGGGAUCUGCUUCAACCGCAGAACGAUAAUUUGCAAGUGCAUGAAGAGAAGUCGAAAGGUGUAUACGUGAAAAAUUUGUCGGAUUACUAUGUCAGCAGUGCGCAAGAGGUGUAUGAGAUCAUGAGGCAAGGAGGCGCUGCUCGAGUGGUCACAUCAACCAACAUGAAUGCCGAAUCUUCACGGUCGCAUUCCAUCUUCCUCAUAACUAUCAGUCAACGGAACACAGAGACAGGGGCACAGAAAACGGGUAACCUUUAUCUCGUGGAUUUGGCUGGUUCGGAGAAGGUAGGCAAGACUGGUGCUUCCGGUCAAACCCUGGAGGAGGCAAAGAAGAUCAACAAGUCUCUCUCUGCCCUCGGUAUGGUCAUCAAUGCAUUGACGGACAACAAAAUCAAACACAUUCCUUACCGAGAUUCGAAACUUACGCGUAUCCUCCAAGAGUCUCUGGGUGGUAACUCCCGAACAACCCUCAUCAUCAAUUGUUCUCCUGCCUCCUACAACGAAGCCGAAACCCUCGGUACCCUCCGAUUCGGUAUCCGUGCCAAAUCCAUCAAGAACACCGCACGCGUCAACGCCGAACUCUCCCCCGCCGAACUCAAAUCACUCCUCCAGAAGGCGAAAGUCGCGAACGAAUCCUACUCGAAGACCCUCGCCGCCCUCGAGGCCGAGCUCGCCAUCUGGCGGUCGGGAGGCCACGUCGAUCCCGCGGACUACGCCAGCGCGGAGAAGGCGCAAAGUGGUGCCGCACCACCGAAGAAGACUCCCGCUUCGCCUACGCCAUCGACGCCUGCUGCUAGCAGUAGGAGCAUGACCCCUGUCAACCCGGUCGUGGAGGGUCUUAAGGAGUUGGACAGCAGGCCGCAGACGCCUACGGUUGUUGGGCUGGAUAAGGAUGAGAGGGAGGAGUUCUUGAAGAGGGAGAACGAGUUGAGCGACCAGUUGGGUGAAAGGGAGAGGGCGUUGGAGGCUGCCGAGAAGUUGGUGAAGGAGUUGAAGGAGGAGCUUGCGUUCUUGAAAGAGCAGGAUGCUGCGUCUUCUAAGGAGAACAAAGCGAUGUCGGCUAAACUCAACGAGCUUCGCCUGCAACUCGAGAGGCUCGACUAUGACAACAAGGAGAGCGUGAUCACCAUCGACAUCCUCAAGGAGCAGAACGCUGAUGCGAAGAGCGAGCUUGAUGAGUUGAAGAAGACUAUCGCCGAGCUCAGGUCUUCUCAGAAGGACAUGUCUACUGAAGACAAGGAGAAGCGCAAGCAGGAGAAGAUGGCCCUCAUGAUGGCCCAGUUCGAUGCUCAAGGCACGUUUUCCGAGAAGGAUGAGCAGCUGCGACAAAUCCUCGCGAAGCUUGACACCAUUGACUCUGAGACUGGUGUUUCGACUCUGACCGUCGAGGACAUUACCCAAGUCAGGAGACAGCUGGCGGAGGGACAAUCGCUCAUUCGUGAGACUGUUGACCGUCUGAGGCAGAAGCAAGAGGAGGGCGAUAUGACGACGAGGAGGAAGGAUGAGCUGGAGAGUCGGUUAGCUUCUCUGGAGGCUGAGUAUGAGGAGCUCCUCGAGAAAACUAUUCACGACGAGGAGACGAGCAAUGUCGACAUCGGAGAGACUAUGGCUGAGCUUAAGAACAAGCUCGAAGCUCAGUAUGCCGCGAAGCGUGAUGCCCACGUUGGCGAGGUCGCAGAUCUUAAGCAACAGAUUGAGAUGAAGAGCAACGAGAUUCGUAGCCUGAAUGCAUCGAUUGACAGUCUCAAGGGCGUGAACGAGGAACUUAAGCGUGCGUUUGCCGUCACUUCUGCCGGCAUCGAGGGCGGGAAGAACCUCGCCGAGAGUGCUCAAGAUCUCGAGCGAACUCGCAAGGCUAUCAACGUUCAGCUCGCGGAGUUCGAUGGUGUGAAGAAGUCUCUCAUGCGUGAUCUCCAGAACCGUUGCGAGAAGGUUGUCGAGCUCGAGAUCCAGCUCGACGAGAUUAAGGAGCAGUACAACAACGUCAUCCGUAACAGCAACUCCAAGGCGCAGCAGAAGAAGAUGGCCUUCUUGGAGCGCAACCUCGAGCAGCUCACCCUCGUGCAGAAACAGCUCGUGGAUCAGAACUCGGCAUUGAAGAAAGAGGCCGGCAUCGCCGAGCGCAAGUUGCUCGCUCGCAAUGAGCGGAUACAGAACCUCGAGGCGCUCUUGCAAGACGCGGAUCGUCGACUUGCCAUCCAGAACCAGAAGUUCGAGGCGCAAUUGACGGCCGUCAAGGACAGGUUGGAUCAGGCUCGGGCUCAAAAAGCUGCCGCCACAUCGUCUCUCAGCUUCGGUCGCAUUGCGAAGCCACUGCGGGGAGGUGGAGGUGCGCCCACUGCCGGGGGUCCUACGCCUAUCUCUGGUGGCCAGUCGGGGAACCCACUUUCGAGGCUACAGAACGAAGAAGGCUCUGGCAAGCGGGCAUCUUGGUUCUUCAAUUCACGAUCAUGAGCGGUCGCUCUUGCCCAUGUCUGAAGAUGUGUCCUGCCCUCGUCGUUCGCUUUGAGUUCUGCCUGCUACAUUGACAUCGCUGGUCCUCACCAUCCAAGUUACCCAUUGCUGGUUGUACGCUGUUAUACUACAUCUACCCACGGCCAGGAUUCCUACUCUCGUUACAGCUCCAUCCCAUCUUCCUUUCCAUUCCCCGCUGGAUUCAUAUAAUUAAUUUGCCUCUACAUACCCCAUCGCCACCUCGUGAUCUCUUUUCUCCUUUUGGUUGGAUUGAUAUACGGUAGGGCCGGAGGUCGGUAUCCUUUGCCAGGAGCAG